AUGAAUGCCCAUGGGACUGAAGUCCCUGUGGCGACUGGAGGAAGGCACUCCCGCAUCCGAAAAGGUGUCCACGCUCCCGACAGCGGGGGCCCAGGAGGGGAAGGCAAGAUUGAGAAUAAUCAGCAGCUAAGUGUUGAAACUAUAGGACUUGAAGGGCUUGCCCUAGAAUACUCCUCCACUGCUGCACCCUGAAGGAAAAUACCAAGUGGAACUUUUGCUUUCAAGAAAAAUUUCAUGAGCCUUGUAGUUACCACUGAAAACUAUACCCCGUUAAUAGAAUCAUCCGUGUUAGAUACCAGAGCACUUUGUGAAAUUCUUGAAUUUCCCAGGGAAGAAGACAGAAAUCUGUACAAGUAUUCUGAAUGCAACCAAAGCUUCUGUGAAAAUUCAUACCAUGUUUUACAUCAGAAAACUCACUAAGGAGAAAAGUAUAAAUGUGAUGCCUAUGGGAAGAUUUUCAGUCAUAGAGCAAACCUGAGGAUGCACAAGAGAGUCCAUAUUGGUGAGAAGGGCCUUUAUAAUUGUGCUGAGUGCAGCAGCAGCUUCCACCAGCACUCACAUCUGACUCAGCACAUGAAUGUCUGUGUAAAGGAAAAACCCUACAUAUGUGACAUAUGUAGAAGAGGUUUUUUGUGGCCCCCACCAUUAGCACAGCAUCCAGAAACCCAUGCUAACAAAAACAACAACAAAAAGCCUGUGAAUGUACCAACUCUGGUAAAUAUUUUGGUCAGAAAACAAAUCUUGCUUUGCAUGAGAAGAUGCACACAUCAGCCACCUAGUAUCAGUACAUUCAGGGCGUGAAAUGCUUGAGGCAGCCUCACAUCUUGCCCUCCCUGAAAAGGGCCACAAGCAUGACUCUGAACGCUGCAGGGAUUGUGGGGGAAAUUUGUUUUUGUUCUCACAAUUCAAACUUAAAAAUGUCCCAAAUGUGCGAUGAGCUUUCUUUGUAUCUGAGUUUAUUUCUUUUUUAAAAAUAUAUAUUUUUAAAAGAUUUUAUUUACUUAUUUAUAUAGAGAAUGGAAUGGAGGGAGAAAAAGAGGGAGAGAAACACCAACCAGUCGCCUCUUACACACCCCCAACUGGGGAUAGCCCACAACCCAGGCACGUAUCCCCACCUGGAAUCAACCAGCAACCUUUCACCUUGCAGUACGAUGUCUAACCAACUGAGUCAUACUGGUCAGGGUUCUGAGUUUAUUUCUCCUCAGAGUGUUCAUAAAUAAGAAAGGUCCCAUAAAUGCAAAACAUGCAAAAAGUUUUAUUUUGGACUUAGAGCUUGCACACUACCAGAAGAGUCAGACAGGAGAGAAGACUUUUAAAUGUACUGUGUGGGGGGAGUUUCCAGUUGAAUAUGCAUCUCAUUUUUCAUUAGUGAACCCAUAUGAAAAACAUGUAUAUACAACAGAUUUUCAUUAAUGCUUGUGCUUUUCAGUAUCUAUACUAAAAAUGGGGCACAAUUACCCUAUAUGUGCUAAGCACUUAACACACAUUCCGCCCUGGAUGGUGUAGCUCAGUGGAUUGAGCACAGGCCUGUAAACCCGAGGAUCGCGAUUCGAUUCCCAGUCAGGGAACAUGCCUGGGUUGCAGGCCAGUUCUGAUGCACAAGAGGCAACUGUACAUUGAUGUUUCUCUCCCUCUCUCAUCCCCUUCCCCUCUAAAGAUAAAUAAAUAGAAAAUCUUUUUAAAAAACCACAUUCCAUUUAAUAUUUAAUUUUCACCACAACCUUGAUUUAGACACUAUGAUUUCUAUUCCAUAAUUAAGGAAACAUAAACAAUGUCACAGCUAGAGAAUGAAGCCAGGAUUCUAACUGAGUAACUCAAUUACUGUUCAAAUUUCAUUUGUACAAGUUGGAGAACAUGUUUUUUAAAUUGAUUUUCAUUAAAAUAAAGGUUAUUGCUA